UAUACUCACAUUUCCCCUCCACAUCGCAUCAUUUACAGAGAUGUAAUCGUGCACAUUUGUCACGGCAACCAUUCACCCUUACUAGGGCUGAAAUUACCCUGUUGCUGGGACCUUGUAUAGCAACAGGAUCUUUUGUUGUGUUUCUAGUAUGCUUCAUGGAAGCCACCUGUGUUUACUUGCUCUGCUUUCACCCAUGCUCAAUGCAUACUGAUUUAUUAAUUCUAAAUACACACCAAUAUUUUUCCUUGGCAACUGCAUCCUUUUCAGUUUCUCUAUCCUUAACGCUCCUUGUCAAUCAACAGCCAUGGCAUCCUCUUGGCUUCCAUCUCCUUGGAAAAGUCGACGAGAAAGAAGAGCCGACCCUGAAAGGACAGUCGACGAACUGGUGCAAAAAUACUACAGGACUAAUCAACCAAGCACCAAUGAUAUUCUCCGUGAAAUUCUCGGGAGCCCGGAACAGGCAUCGCUUCUCUUCAGCGCGCUUCGACGCCAGGUCUCUCUGAUUAAAUGCCGCUCACAGUCUUUCGAGGACGGCCAGAUAACCACCUACGACCGGGCCCUACUGGAGCUCAGCAGAAAUGGGGAGAAUUUGACUGAAACCGGUGCACUUGAGCUUUAUCUAACUGAAUUUAUCGGGAUUGUCCCUAUCUCGCCCACCUCUCAGAGUAGAGCUAUUCUAGCUAAACAGCUCGAGCUGGAAAGCGUACUAAACAGAGCUUCCGCCCUUGGUACCACGCCGGAGACAGUUAUCGAUCGUAAGGAGCAGCCUGAGACGUUGUUUGUUGACCAGGCGCCUGUCAAACCUGAAUAUGAAUACGGAGAUCAAGACGAUCAUUAUUGCGUGGAACAGACCGGUUUGAAGAUCAGUUCAACUGGACACGCACAGCAAGUUUUCGACCGCAUGGAUAGGCUUUUGGAAGUUUACCACCGCGCCAAGGAUGAGUACUACAACGCUUUGCAAACAGAGGGGUUUGUUAGCCUCGACACAGUUCGUUUUCUUCGAGACACGGCAGAAAAUGUUCUUCGUUAUCUUCACGCAAACGGACUGUCAGACCAUACUUCUGUACCGGAUGUGGAGCAGGUCUUCCUGAUUGCCAGGGAUAAGGCGACACAGCUUACGGGUGGUCGAAAGAGGCAUUUCGAUGAAGGUAUCGAGAGAUAUAGUCGUAGGAGGAAGCGGCGGGCCCUCGACUCAUACCGCCCUAGGAAAUGACCCUCAGGCCGUGUGUGUUUUCUAUUCUCUUGGGGGUGGAUACAUUUGCACACUAUCUUAACAUGGGCUGGUUUGAUUGCUGGGAGUUUAGGUGCGCUCUGAUCUGUUU